CGUGAAUGCAUCUCUAUCCACGUGGGCCAGGCAGGUGUCCAGAUUGGAAAUGCCUGCUGGGAGCUUUACUGCCUGGAGCACGGGAUCCAGCCUGAUGGCCAGAUGCCCAGCGACAAAUCCUGUGGACGAGGAGACGAUUCCUUCAACACCUUCUUCAGCGAGACCGGAGCUGGGAAGCACGUCCCCAGAGCCGUCUUCGUGGACCUGGAGCCCACAGUCAUCGAUGAGGUGCGUACUGGAACCUACCGCCAGCUGUUCCACCCUGAGCAGCUGAUCACUGGUAAAGAGGAUGCUGCAAACAACUACGCUCGUGGUCACUACACCAUUGGAAAGGAGAUCAUUAACCCUGUUCUGGACKGGAUCCGCAAACUGGCGGACCAGUGCACCGGCCUUCAGGGCUUCCUGGUCUUCCACAGCUUCGGUGGAGGAACCGGUUCUGGUUUCACCUCCCUGCUGAUGGAGCGUCUGUCUGUGGACUACGGCAAGAAGUCGAAGCUGGAGUUCUCGGUCUACCCAGCUCCUCAGGUGUCCACAGCUGUGGUGGAGCCGUACAACUCCAUCCUGACC